AUGUCGCGCAAUGUCUGCAUAACCUCAGUAGACGGCAACACAGGCUUCGUUGUCGCCGAGCUACUCCUCUCGGAUGAGAACUUCUCCAAGGAAAUCGGAACCGUCACGGGUCUCGCUCUCAACCCGGACUCGGAGAAAUGCAAAGACCUGGUCCAGUUAGGUGCGAAGACUAUCGCGCAUCAACCGGGUGACGUUGAUAGCCUUGCAGCCGCCAUCAAGGACACGAAGGCCGAUGCCAUUUGUAUCAUUCCGCCGGCGCAUGGGGAUAAGGUCAAUAUCACGACGGAGCUUAUCGAGGCGACUAAGAAGGCCAAUGUGCCGAAUGCUAUCUUCCUCAGUUCGGCCGGGUGUGAUCUGGCUGAACGUGACAAGCAGCCCCGGUUGAGGGAGUUUAUUGAUCUUGAAGCAAAGUUUUUGGAGGCUAAAGGCGAUCCUAGUACUCAGGCUGGAUAUUCACCUGUUGUCAUUAGAGCCGGAUUCUAUGCGGAGAAUCUCCUCCUUUAUUCUCCCCAAGCUAAGGAGAAAGGGGUUCUUCCUAUUCCUGUUGGACAGAAUCAUAAAUUUCCUCCUGUGGCUUUAGGAGAUGUAGCCUUGCUCGCUGGCCAUAUUUUGUCAGCAAAAGGACCACACGGUUUCAGUGACAAGCACAGAGGCCAAUUGAUAACAUUGACUGGACCAAUGCUUCUCAGCGGCGAAGAAAUCGCCAGAGCAGCCAGCGAAGCUCUAGGGACUCAGAUUAAAUUCCAGGACAUUUCCGAACAGGAAGCACGUAAAGUCCUUCGAAGAAAAACCAGCAACGACGACUCCGAAAUCCAGUAUCUUCUCGAAUACUACUCCCUGGUCCGGGAGGGAAAGACAAACUACGUCUCAACCACCUCAUUCCACGAUGUGACUGGCGAUCGGCCUCAAGAGCCGCCAGAUUUCUUCAAGGUUUAUGAAGAUGAAUUCAGGCCUAAGAGUGCCAAGCGGAGGAAGGUGGACGGGAAGUAG